AUGAGGAGGAAACUUAGUGUAGAAACCACCAGAUCAUUAUCUUCCAUUGACAUUCCCUACUCCCAAGAGAUAUUUGGCUAUCAGACUCAAGCCUGCCGGAAAGCUCUUUGCCUUGCUGGAUCCAUCUUCUCACUUGGGAUCCUCCCCUUGGUGUUUUACUGGAGACCAGCUUGGCACGUAUGGGCACAUUGUGUCCCAUGUUCCUUGCAAGAGGCAGACAUUGUGUUGCUGAGGACAACAGAUGAAUUCCAAACUUUCUCUUGGAAAAAGGUAAUGUGGAUCUACCUGUCACCAUUAAACAGCGCAUUUGGUCUCACUCCACACCACCCUCUCAUUACAAAUGAGGACUACAUCAUAAAUAGAGCCAUAAGAAAGCCAGACCUAAAGGUAAGAUGCAUAAAGGUACAGAAAAUAAGAUACGUUUGGGACAACUUAGAAGGACAGUUCCAGAAAAUUGGCUCCUUGGAGGACUGGCUCACUUCUGCCAAGAUACACGUAAAAUUUGGAUCAGGCCUAACAAGAGAAGAACAAGAGAUUAGGAGGUUAAUAUGUGGGCCUAAUACUAUUGAUGUUGAAAUCACACCAAUUUGGAAACUACUCAUCAAGGAGGUUCUAAAUCCAUUUUACAUAUUUCAACUCUUCAGUGUCUGUUUGUGGUUUAGUGAAGACUAUAAGGAAUAUGCUUUUGCCAUUAUACUCAUGUCCAUCAUUUCCAUAGCAUUGACUAUAUAUGAUCUGAGAAAGCAAUCUGUAAAACUCCACCAUUUAGUUGAGUCCCAUAAUAGCAUCACAGUUUCUGUAUAUGGAAGAAAAGCCGGAGUCCAAGAUCUGGAAUCACAUUUCCUGGUACCUGGAGAUUUAUUAAUUUUGACAGGGAACAAAGUACAAAUGCCAUGUGAUGCUGUUCUGAUUGAUGGUAGCUGUGUGGUCGAUGAAGGCAUGCUGACAGGAGAAAGUAUUCCAGUCACCAAAACUCCAUUACCCAAGACGGAUAGCUCAGUGCCCUGGAAAAAACAGAGUGAAGCAGAUUACAAACGGCAUGUCCUCUUCUGUGGAACAGAGGUUAUCCAGGCCAAGGGAGCUUGCACUGGGACUGCGAGAGCAGUGGUACUACAGACUGGUUUUAACACUGCAAAAGGAGACCUCGUGAGAUCUAUUCUCUACCCCAAACCAAUGAAUUUUAAGCUCUACAGGGAUGCUGUCAGGUUUCUUCUGUGCCUUGUAGGGACAGCCACUAUUGGGAUGAUCUAUACUCUGUGUGUCUAUGUGCUCAGUGGGGAACCGCCUGAGGAGGUGGUGAAGAAAGCCCUUGAUGUCAUCACAAUUGCUGUUCCUCCUGCUCUACCUGCUGCUCUGACCACAGGCAUUAUCUAUGCCCAGAGGAGGCUGCAGAAGAGAGGCAUCUUCUGCAUUAGUCCCCAGAGGAUUAAUGUAUGUGGACAAUUAAACCUUAUCUGCUUUGACAAGACAGGCACCUUAACAAGGGAUGGCUUGGACCUCUGGGGAGUUGUGCCCAGUGAUAGAAACAGCUUCCAGGAAGUCCACAGUUUUGCCUCUGGCAAGGCUUUGCCAUGGGGCCCGCUGUGUGCAGCCAUGGCAAGUUGCCACUCUCUUGUCUUUCUUGAUGGGACCAUCCAGGGAGAUCCACUGGACCUCAAAAUGUUUGAAGCCACCACGUGGGAAAUGGAUAGUUCUGGGGAUGAUUUCCACAUCAAAGGAGUGCCAGCCCAUGCCAUGGUAGUUAAGCCCCGUAAAACAGCCAGCCAGGUCCCAGUGGAAGGAAUUGCAAUCCUGCAUCAGUUCCCAUUCUCAUCAGCACUGCAGAGGAUGACAGUCAUUGUUCAAGAGAUGGGUGGUGACCAGUUGGUAUUCAUGAAAGGUGCACCGGAGAAGGUGGCCAGCUUUUGCCAACCUGAGACAGUACCAACUAGUUUCGUUGGUGAACUUCAGAUUUACACGAUGCAGGGCUUCCGGGUCAUAGCACUGGCCUACAAGAAAUUGGAAAGUGAUCACCACAUUACUGCCUUGACGAGGGAGAAGGUGGAGACAGACCUGAUAUUUCUGGGAUUUAUGAUCUUGGAGAAUCGAUUAAAGGAAGAGACAAAACCUGUCCUGGAAGAACUCAUCUCAGCCUGGAUAAGGACUGUAAUGAUCACAGGUGACAAUCUUCAGACUGCUAUAACGGUGGCCAGAAAGUCUGGGAUGGUUUCUGAAAAUGAGAAGGUUAUUCUUAUUGAGGCAAAUGAACCUAGUGGAUCUUCAUCAGCAUCUAUAUCUUGGAAAUUAGUCGAAGAGAAGCAGCACAUUGUAUAUGGGAAUCAGGACAAUUACAUUAACAUCAGGGAAGAAGUCCCUGGUAAUGACAGAGAAGGAAGAUACCAUUUUGCCCUCAGUGGAAAAUCCUUUCAGAUUAUAUGUCAACAUUUCAGCAGCCUACUGCCAAAGAUACUGAUUAAUGGGACCAUCUUUGCAAGAAUGUCUCCUGGGCAGAAAUCCAGUCUAGUGGAAGAAUUUCAGAAACUGGAUUACUUUGUAGGCAUGUGUGGUGAUGGAGCCAAUGACUGUGGGGCUUUGAAAAUGGCUCAUGUGGGCAUCUCUCUGUCAGAGCAGGAAGCAUCUGUGGCCUCACCUUUCACCUCCAAAACUCCAAACAUUGAGUGUGUACCCCAUCUUAUCAAGGAAGGACGUGCAGCUCUCGUGACCUCAUUUUGUAUGUUUAAGUACAUGGCUCUGUACAGCAUGAUUCAGUAUGUUGGUGUUCUGCUGCUCUACUGGGAGACAAACAGCCUUUCAAACUACCAGUUUCUGUUCCAGGAUUUGGCCAUUACAACUCUUAUUGGUAUAACAAUGAGUCUUAAUGGUGCCUACCCUAAGCUGGUGCCUUUCAGACCUGCGGGACGGCUGAUCUCCCCUCCGCUACUGCUCUCUGUGAUCGUCAACAUUCUUCUCAGCCUGGUCAUGCACAUUGUUGGCUUUUUCCUAGUGCAAAGGCAGCCUUGGUAUUCCCUGGAGAUGCACAGUGUCUGCACAGUAAAAAAUGAAAGCAUCUCAGAGUUAAGCAUUUCUCCAACUGCUCCAGAAAAAAAUGAAAGUAAUAAUGCCUUCACAAGUUUUGAGAACACUACUAUAUGGUUCUUGGGAACAAUCAACUGUAUCAUGGUGGCUCUUAUAUUCUCUAAAGGAAAACCAUUUAGGCAGCCCACCUAUAAAAACUAUGUAUUUGUCCUUGUGCUGGUCAUACAGCUGAGUGUGUGUCUAUUCAUUCUAUUUGCUGAUAUUCCAGAAUUGUACAGGCGUUUGGAUCUGCUCUGCACCCCUGUCCUAUGGAGGGUCUACGUUGUCAUUAUGCUCAGCUCCAAUUUCUUCGCGUCCCUUGUUGUGGAGGAGGCCAUUAUUGAAAACCGAGCCCUGUGGAUGGUAAUCAAAAGAUGUUUUGGCUAUCAAUCAAAAAGCCAGUAUCGGAUAUGGCAGAGGGUCUUGGCAAAGGACCCCAGCUGGCCCCCAUUAAACCAGACCUCCUAUUGUGACAUGCCUGGGUGUGACAGGGGAGUGUCUUACAGCAAUCCUGUGUUUGAGAGCAAUGAAGAACAGCUUUGA